GGACCGUUGUGCGUUUUAUUGUGAACCAAAAUAGAGUUGAGUGAAUAUAUAGAAUUUGAGAUUCCGUCACCAAAAAGUUGGAAUGCAUCAGAUUUCUGCUCAAGGUAAUACACCGUUUAGCAAAACCCUAAUCCAACCAUGUCCGACUUGAACGAGCUCCGUGACAAACUGUCCACGCUGCUAACGUUCCAACGCAACAUCACCACCGUACUGGAAUCCAUCACCAACGACCUAAUCGAUCGAGCCAUCCAGCAGGAAGUGGUCGAGCUCGAAAACUGUCAGCUCCGUCGGCGUAACAAACGUUUGGAUGAAAAGUUGACCAAACUGGAGCGAGCCCGGAUGGAUUCGGCUCGGGUGAGUCAGUUUAUGUUGAACAGUGGAUCAACUUUCAAUGGUCACAAGGCGGUGGUGGCAUCAAGUAGUGGAUUUCACCAACUGGGGGCUGCGAGAUUGCCUAAACGGUCCGCCUGGCAUCAACCAGCGGAGAUCUAUUUCCAGUACGGUAGCUUGAAGGAACAGGAUCAUCUGUAUGAUGCGGUAACUAUCCAAAGGCACGAAAACAUAUACGAAGCGCCGGAUGACAUUCGAUCGAACUUCGAGGAUAACUUCAACAAAAACGGCUUGCUAAGCUACGAGAAUCCCAACUAUCAUAUGGACCCACUCCGAAUGGAGCGUAACUCGCAUCUGUACGAGGAGAUCAUCUCCGAAUUGCAGCAGCAGGGUACUCUUCGACCCGCCGGAAGCGUAAAUUUGGUUAGGGACCCAAGUUUGCUGGGUAGCAAUCGGAAAGGAUAUCUGGACAUUGCAUCAAUGGCUGUCGACAGCAAGGAAGUUGACAAAAAACAUAAAUUGCUGGACGGCUCUCCCAACGAAUCAGAAACGCAGAAGGAUGAAGUCUCGGAAAAGGGCAAAAAGACUCAAGAGCAGGAAAUCAAACACAUAGCUGGAACGCUGAACGCCGAUGAUCUGUACGCAGUGCCGAACAAGAAGAAGCAACCAGCGGGAGAGGUCGCCCCUGCAGACGAGGAAGAAGAUGAAGAAGAAAAGGGUAAACAGGAAGAAAUUGAAGCCAUCGAAGACAAGGACAAGACCAGUGAUCUACCGCCGGGUUGGGAAAAGCAUGAAGACAAUGGCGGUCCUUACUAUUGGCACAUCAAAUCGGGAACAAUACAACGCGAGCCACCAGUUUGGCCAAAAGAACCACCGAAAGAGCUUAAGACACCGAUAGCGCCAACGCCUCGCUAUAUUCAGAACUCCAUGUUCUCCCAGACGCUGGCCAGCCUGUACGGGACACCAAAACCGGAGACCAGUUCGACCUCGUCCAGCAGUGGUCGAUUACACGACAGUAUUACGUCCGUUACCCGUAGCAGUACCAGCUCGGCCCUGGAUCAGGAAGAUGAACGACGACGGAGAGAGGACAUUGCGUUGAAACGACGAAGUUUUCCUCUUAAAUCAGAUUCAGACCGACCCAUAAGAUUCGCGGUGCGAUCGUUGGGUUGGGUUGAGAUUGCAGAAGAGGAUCUCACUCCAGAACGGUCCUCUAAAGCGGUCAACAAGUGCAUAGUGGAUCUUUCGCUUGGAAGAAAUGAGAUGCUGGACGUUGUGGGUAGAUGGGGUGAUGGUAAAGACUUGUUUAUGGACUUAGAUGAAGGUGCUUUAAAAUUAAUUGAUCCAGAAUCGUUGACAAUACUAAAUUCGCAGCCGAUACACACGAUACGAGUGUGGGGCGUUGGUCGAGAUAAUGGAAGAGAUUUUGCUUACGUGGCUAGAGAUCGACUCACCCGAAUCCACAUGUGUCACGUUUUCCGAUGUGAUACCGCCGCCAGGACGAUCGCCAACACGUUAAGAGACAUUUGCAAGCGAAUAAUGAUUGAACGAUCCCUCCAGCUCGAUGUGAGCAGUUCUAGUUCGGGCAGCUCCCGCUGUGCAAUACGUCCUACUGAUCUACCAACCGAGAACCGACGAUGGAUACGACACCCGGCAUCUUUUCCCACUCCAAUGGAGGAACCGAAAAAGGUUCUGAGGGCGCAAUAUCUCGGUUCGCUCGAAGUUGAUCAACCCACCGGCAUGGAGGUGCUGAAUGAUGCCAUUGACAAGCUUGUUACCAGCAUUCCGGUGGAAAACUGGGACGGCGUUAACGUUUCUGUGGCUCCCAGUAUGAUCAGUGUGAAUACAUCGGACACGGAGGCACGUUUGUUAUGCGAAUGUAGAGUGAGGUAUCUUAGCUUUUUGGGAAUUGGAAAGAAUAUCAAGAAUUGUGCGUUUAUCAUGCACACGGCGCAAGACAAAUUUGUAGCACACGUGUUUCACUGCGAACCAUCUAGCGGGGCACUGUGCAAAACGAUAGAAGCUGCUUGCAAGCUUCGAUACCAGAAAUGUCUCGAUGCUCACCCGGAAGGUAGUGGUCGCUACUCGGCUGAUUCCCACACACCGGGAAAAGGAAUUGGAGCGACUUUAAAAAACUUGAUGAGCUCGUUCUCACUAAAAAAGGAUAAGGCCAGUUCCUGAGAACGAGCAAAAUCGCUGCAGGAAAUCUGGCCAUACGCCGCGGAGAGG